AUGGCCACCUACAGACUUUUCUUUCACAGACUGCGGAAGUUCCCAGGGCCGUUUGGAGCAAAGCUCUCCCGGUUUUACGUCACUCUCACCUCUGCCAAGAAGGUCCAAUACCACGAGGAAAUCAAGAAAUGGCAUGAAAAAUAUGGAGACUUCAUCCGCACUGGCCCCCGAGAGCUUGCGAUAGUCCGGCGGUCAGCUGUAAACACCAUCUACGGACCGCAAUCCGAGUGCGGAAAAUCCACAUGGUAUAUACAGGUGUCUCCGGAUCAAAAGAAAUGUUCCAUCCAUAUGACUCGAGACUUUGAUGCCCACAAAAACCGCCGCAAAGCCUGGGACAGGGGCUUCUCCGUCAAGGCCAUCAACACUUACGCACCGAGAAUUUCCUCGAAGGUUGAUCUACUCCUGGACCAGAUCAAAGCGCACACGGCGGCAGGCGAAUCUCUUGACGCGUCAAAGUGGACCAUGCUUUUGACCUUCGAUAUGAUGGGAGAAGUUGGCUUUGGAAAAGACUUUGGUGGAUUAAAGAGUGGCAUCGAGCACCCUGCGAUCAAAGGGAUUCACGAUCACAUGACGGUCCUCGGAAUCAUGGCUACUGUGCCUUGGCUUUUGAAUAUUGCCGGCAAGAUCCCCGGUGCAACAGCUGGCUACGCGCCCUUCUUCAGCUGGUGCGAGGAGCAAGUGAAGACGAAAUAUCGGGAUUGGGCAUCGGAGAAGCAACCGCAGGACAUUAUUUCACAUCUCCUCAAGGCAUACGUAGAGAAGGACAUCAGUGCUACACCAACGGCAGAUUCACUGCACGAGGACGCGCGAGCAGUCGUCAUUGCGGGCAGUGACACGACGGCAACGACGCUGACACACAUCCUCUUCUACCUAUGCAAACAUCCAGAGGUGCAGAAAAAGCUUCAGACCAAGCUUGAUGUCGUCAUGCCGAAUCGCGAGUGGACCUUCGAGAGCGCUAAGUCGGUCAGCUACGUUGAUGACAUCAUUAACGAAGCGCUCCGCCUCAAACCCGCGUUGCUGACCGGCGGUUACCGGACUACUCCGCCGCAUGGGAUCGUCGUUGAUGGCGUGCACAUUCCCGGGAACACGAAUGUUUUCGUUCCGGUGCAGUUGAUCCAAACCGACUCUCGCUACCAUCCGCAGGCUGACGAGUUCAUCCCUGAGCGGUUUGGAGAGCGCAAAGGCGAGUGGCAGACGGAAAAGCAGCCCUGGAUACCUUUCAGCAUUGGACCCUUCUCUUGCCCGGGUAAAAGUCUUGCCAUAGCCACUCUCCGCAUAGCCCUCAGCAAGAUUGCACUGCACUUCGAUGUGUCGUUUGCACCGGGAGAAACGGGGGAGGAGUUUGACAAAGGGGUCAUGGAUACGUUUACCACGACUCUGUUGCCUCUCCAGGUUCGGUUCACGCCGAGAGUUUGA